CCGCCGGGGGGCGGCCCCGCGCCGCCGCCGGGCCUCGCCGCCAUCUUGGCCGCUGCCCCGCUGUCCCGGGAGCGGGACGGGCCGUGCCGGGCCGGGGGAGAAAAUGAUCCACAGCCUGUUUCUUAUAAACUGUUCUGGUGAUAUCUUCUUGGAGAAGCACUGGAAGAGUGUUGUGAGCCAGUCUGUCUGCGAUUAUUUCUUCGAAGCUCAGGAGAAAGCAAUCGAUGUUGAGAAUGUGCCUCCUGUCAUCUCAACUCCACACCACUACCUCAUCAGCAUCUAUCGGGAUAAAAUCUUCUUUGUGUCUGUCAUACAGACAGAAGUGCCACCACUCUUCGUAAUUGAAUUUCUGCACAGAGUAGCAGAUACUUUCCAGGAUUACUUCGGCGAAUGUUCUGAGACGGCAAUUAAGGACAAUGUAGUAAUUGUGUAUGAACUUCUAGAAGAAAUGCUAGACAAUGGCUUUCCACUGGCAACAGAAUCUAACAUACUGAAGGAGCUGAUUAAGCCUCCCACAAUUUUGCGCUCUGUUGUCAACUCCAUCACAGGCAGUAGUAAUGUGGGAGACACACUUCCCACUGGACAGUUAUCCAACAUUCCUUGGCGCAGAGCGGGAGUAAAAUACACGAACAACGAAGCCUAUUUUGAUGUCAUUGAAGAAAUUGAUGCAAUUAUAGACAAAUCAGGUUCCACAGUCUUUGCAGAAAUCCAAGGUGUUAUUGAUUCGUGUAUUAAGCUCUCAGGAAUGCCAGAUCUUUCUCUGUCUUUCAUGAACCCACGGCUGCUGGAUGACGUCAGCUUCCAUCCAUGUAUUCGCUUCAAACGCUGGGAGUCUGAGCGAGUCCUUUCGUUCAUUCCUCCCGACGGCAACUUCAGACUCAUCUCCUACCGCGUCAGUUCCCAGAACUUGGUGGCAAUUCCUGUAUAUGUGAAGCACAUGAUCAGUUUUAAGGAAAAUACUUCUUCAGGAAGAUUUGAUGUUACCAUUGGACCAAAACAGAAUAUGGGGAAAACAGUAGAAGGAGUAGUCAUGACAGUUCACAUGCCAAAGGCUGUACUUAACAUGAACCUCACUGCUACACAAGGCAGCUAUACAUUUGACCCAGUUACUAAAGUGCUAACAUGGGAUGUGGGCAAAAUUACCCCUCAAAAGCUACCAAACCUGAAGGGCAUAGUGAACCUGCAGUCUGGAGCCCCCAAGCCAGAGGAGAACCCAAGUUUAAACAUCCAGUUUAAGAUACAACAGCUUGCAAUUUCAGGACUGAAAGUGAAUCGCCUUGACAUGUAUGGAGAAAAAUACAAGCCUUUUAAAGGGGUCAAAUACAUUACAAAAGCAGGAAAAUUCCAAGUCAGGACAUGAGAAGAUUCUAAGAGGAAAUUCCCCUUAAAAAAACUUGACUGCUUAGUGACUUAUGUUGGUUAGGUGCCAAUUAAUUAAUAGAACACUGAUUAGUUUGGGAUCAAAGCAUUUGUGCACAGCAGCUCUUAAAAUGAAAGCAUAGCUUAGUUUUUCUUAAUAUAGCUUUAAAAUAAGGUACUUUUUUUCUAUUACACUUUCACUCUUUUUUUACCGAAUUGUUGUGCUGGUGAAUAGUUUGAUAUGGGCAACCCACAGAAUGUUACAAACACUACACUGCCAGUCAGAUACCAAAGCCCUGAGGUCAAGCACAUUCUGAAGGCCAGAGAGGCCACUGGUAAAGUCUUCUGGUGGCAUGUUUUGCUGCUGCAGCCACCUGCAAAGAAAGCUCAGUUCCACCCACAGCCAGCUGCAAGCUGGCAUUCCACAAAGCAACGUAAUCCCUUCAGAAAUAGAGAACAGCAGUGAGAGGGGCAGGGGUCCCCCCAGGGCCUAGGACAUUGCAAGUGUCACUCCUGAAAAAGCUUCUGAUGGAGUAAAAAAUAAUUUCUGUGUUGUUUACAAGAAAUCGCCUUUCUUAAGAAGCAUUUGCCUUAAUCAGCUUUCAUUUCUGCCAGCUGCAGAUGAGCUGAUAAAAAUAACAUCCUGCAUUAAAUCUGGGAGGUGAUCGUUGCUUCAGUAAUCCACUUUCUUUCCAUUCAAUCCCAUCAUCCCCAUCAUUUUUUUUUAAGAAUACAGUUGCAGAGAGCAAGAUCUAUUUUUUAUGUGAAGCCUUUGCUUUGAUUUAGAUGUUCCACUUGUUUGAAGUGGAUGCCACCAGGUCUGUGCAGUGUGUACCUUCCAGCGUAGCUUUUAGAUAGCACAGUAGAAGUGUCAAGUGUAUUUAAUGGUUGCGUGCUUUAAUGUUCUGAAAUAAAGGGAACUCCACUGCAAA